UUGCAUGUGUACGAGAGUUGGACAUGGAGAUAUUGAGUCUACAGUCUCGCGUGUACGUAAUGUAACAUACGAUGAUUUUCCAUAUUAUCUGUAGACAUGUGGAUUUGUAUGUUAUGAAAAAAAAACUUAUUUUAGUCUUGGUGUUCGUUUCAACAAAACAUCUUUUUGGAUUUUCGAAAUAUCAUAUAGGAUACGCACCUCCAACUAUUGUCAUUGACAAAUAAAGAUAGAAGAGGUUGGUUUUUUUUUUUUUGAACAAAAAGGUUGGUUUUUUUUUUUUCUUUUUUGAAACACAAACAAAAAGGUUGGUUACUUAAAGGUAUUAUUAUCUUAGAGUUUGAAGCUUAAUUCCAUUCUUUAAAGAAAACAAAUCGACCAGCCCUAUUUAACAUCACAAUUUGUAUGACAUUUUGUAACACCAAUAUUCUAAAUAUAUGUAAGGAAACAUAUCAUAAUUAUUUGUCUACAUAUUCAUUUAAGUGCUUAAAACCUUUAAAAACAAAACAGAAAAAAUCUUCACAUCCCAUCUAAACCUUUGUAACCAAAAUUAACUUAGAACCUCACAUUAAAUGUUUGAAGAAAAUGGAAUAAAUGAUGAAAACAAAGAAGGGAAUAUGAAGAAGAUGUGAUCGGUCUGGCCUCAUGGGCGAUGAACAAUGGCAAGGACAGCUUUUGGGAGCACUGAGAAUAAUGUUUUGAGGAUAAAGUAAAAAAAAAAACAAAAGAAAAACUACUAUGCUGUUCACAAUUGAAGCUAUAAAAAUAAAACUAGUCCAAUUUAUUUCCAUUUUUCAAAAAUAAAAUAAACUAUUGCAGUACUAGCAUUUUCUGAAUAGUCUAUAAAUAAGGAAUGAAACCAACUCAACACCAACAAGAUAUAACAAACACCAAGAGGAAACAAAACAUAUAGAAAAAAAAAAAAGAGAUCUUCACACAAAGUUUCCUCUGUUUUUUUAUGAAACAUAACAUCAAGAACUGGUCUUCGUUAACCAUGACUAUUGUUCUUCUUCCUCUGUUUCUUCUCUUGUUGGCAAAACUCUCUGCUUCUAACUUCUUUGGAGUGAUCUAAGUCCCAUAGUUUUUUGUCUUGUUUUGUCCUCUAAUCAAGAAAAUCAUCUGAAUGGAUUCAAUUCAGUUUCAACACUUUAAGAUGGAGAAACCUAGAGGAAUCUUUAACUUACCAGCUUUCACCAACUUAUUCAGACUGAUCGAACUGAUUCUUCUUACAAUCUUGAUCUCCAAACUCUCUUUCCCUUCAGUGAAACUCUCCGGUGACAUUUUCAGGGAAGCAGCAGUGUUUCUCGUUAGCCCGAGAUUCGUUUUCUUCGUCGGAAACGCUAUUGUAAUUACUCUUUUUGCGAAGUCCAGACGACACAGCUCCGCUCACGAGACAACAGAAGCGGAGAGCAACGAUCUUUACCUAGAACUUCUUUACAAGAAUGAGAAGAAGACAUCUGAAGUUCAUGAGACCAAAACAGAACAGUCUAAGAAGCUGAGUGGAGUGAAAAGGGUUAGUUUCGAGAGAAGCCAAUCGCAGAAAGCGCUUGAGGCGGUUCACCCGCAUGUUGGGAACAUCAUGAGGAGGUAUGACUCGGAGAAGCAUUUGAAGGUUUGUGACUCGGACAAGAAGGUAGUGGUGAGAGCUAAGAAACCAGAAGAUGCAAUGAGCAAUGAACAGUUUAGGACAAAGAUUGAAGCGUUCAUCGCGAGACAGAAGAGGAUUCAAAAGGAUGAACAACACUUGACAUUCUAGAUUCUCUUUGUUAUUGAAAGUGUGUUUGUGUUUUUUUAUCAAUGUAUAUAACUCGUGUAAGCCUUAAGGUUGCUUAACUAUACAUUAAAGAAUGGUAUUGGAUGUUAAAUUUGAUUUCUAAUCGUAAUUUAAAUACGUGAUGUCCUA